CUUUUCGCGUGAAUAGCUCUCGUAGCACGACGGCGGAAAUUCGAUUAUGCGAACCGUCAACUCUUCGGCGAUGCGUAAAAAGCGCACGCGAACGCGCGUGACAUUUCAUCUGUUGUGAGUCUCGUUGGGAAUCUUGUCACCGAAAAUGAGCUACUUCGUGAACAAUGACUGGAGCAAGAAUCAGUAUGAAAACCUGGGCGAUAUUCGUCCACGAAGCGGCUCAGCGGUUCGCUCCAUUUCUUGUUGCAUCGCACUGGGUCUGAGCUCGAUGCUGUUGAUACUCUCGUUAUGGAGCUUCAGCAUCCAAACUCCAACGAUUCGCAUCCAUGUGCUGCACUUCGAUAAGUGGCAGCCCCUUCUGCGUACCAUCUCCGAUAAGUUUCUGUCGUUUGGUCUGGAUACUGGAUUGCUUCGGAAGAUGAACGAAUUGCCGGUUGGACAGGAGAAAUUUAUCAAUCUCGCACGGCAUUUGAGCCCCGCUUAUGUCAGGGUGGGUGGAACUGCCGCGGACUGUCUGACAUUUGAUCAAAAUCAGUUUGUUGCAAUGCUUAUGAUCCGGAUCCAGCAAAAGUCUUCCGAAAAGAUCCUCAGCCCUGUAGAUGGCCAGAAUAUCAGUAACUUCACCAUUUCGGGCGCGGAUCUGCUUGCUAUAUAUGAUUUCACGGUGAAGGCCGAAUUGCGAAUGAUCUUUGACUUGAACGUGCUGCUCCGAAAUUCAGACGGAUCCUGGAAUGACACGAACGCGCGAGAAAUCAUCGCGUUUGCCAAGAAUCAGAAUAUGGAGCUGGACUGGCAGUUGGGAAACGAACCAAAUUCCUUCAAACACGUGUUCGACGUGGCGGUCUCCGCGAUCGAGCUCGCGAAGGACUACGACCGCUUGAGACAGUUGUUGAACGAGGCGGGUUACAUCGAGAGCAUCCUCGUCGGACCGGAAGUGAAUCACGUCGGAGAGGCGAGUAACGUCGGAGAGAAAUACGCUGAAACGUUCCUCAGGAAUCAGAGGAGCACCGUGGACUAUGUCACCUGGCAUCAGUAUUAUCUGAAUGGAAGAGAGGCUAAAGUCAAAGAUUUCGUGACUCCACUUAUUUUUAAUUGGUUACCAGGGCAAAUCAAGGGCAUGGAGGAGUUUGUCGUCGCAUCGGGGAAAAGUAUCGCUAUGUGGCUGUCGGAAACCAGUACUGCGUUCGGUGGUGGCGCGCCCGAAUUGUCUGACAGAUUUGUCGCUGGAUUUCUGUGGCUGGACAAACUGGGGUGUGGCGCUAGCACAGGUAACAUAGGACUGAAUGUCAUCACGAGGCAAUCGUUGUUUGGCGGAAACUACGCUAUGGUAUCGCCCGACCUCGCGCCAAAUCCCGACUGGUGGGUCAGCGUCUUCUACAAGCAAUUCGUGUCGGAGAAGGUCCUGAAGUUACCACCAAACGAUCUCAGUCACGUGCGAUUAUACGCACACUGCACGCCGAGAAGAGCUCUCAUCGCCCGGGUGCCCGCUGUCACGAUCUACGGGAUGAACAUCGACAGAAACGCGGUCCGCGUGGACAUUCCGGAGUUAUUCGUGCAGCCCAGCAAACUCGUGAAAAUAUUCUUCUACUCCUUGACUGCCGACUAUCUUCAGUCGAGCGAGAUAAAGGUGAAUGGCGAAGUACUGAAGCUGCGACCGAAUGGCGAUCUGCCACCAUUUCGACCUAGAAUACUCGACCCCACGGAUCCCAUAAUCCUACCGCCGUACUCGAUGGCGUUCAUGGUGAUUCACGGUCUCGAGGUUCCCGCCUGCUCGGUGUGAACUCCCAGGGAACGCGACAAGUCGAUUUUAUUACGUUUAUACUGCGUACCUUUUAUGUUUACUGUAUACCUACUAUAUUAUUAAACAUUUAUACGGU